UUUCCGUAUUUAUAUAUACACUUCAAUUCUCUCAUUUUCACGCUCAUCUCUCUCACUCGCCAAUGCAUUUCCACUAAAACCCAACGCAACACCUUCACCACCGCCAUGGGCAAAGCCUCCAAGUGGUUCCGCCACAUUCUCGGCCUGAAAAAGUCCGACUCCACGCAUUCCUCUUCCGCCUCUCAGCCACGCUCCUCCUCCUCCAAAGACAGACGCCGCUGGAGCUUCGUCAAGUCCUACCGCGAAAAAGACUACCACACAACCAAACAAAAAUCAUUGUAUGCUCAGGACUCACCGAUUUGUGACACUAAUCCAUCUUCGGAGGGCCAGGAUGCCGACAAGCACGCGAUCGCAGUGGCAGCGGCGACCGUGGCCGUUGCUGAGGCUGCGAUCGCGGCGGCUCAUGCUGCCGCCACCGUCGUCAGGUUAACCAGCAACAGUGGGAGGUGCGGGAACUUCACUCCCUCUUACGUCGGCAGUUUUGAUGGGGCUAGUGAUGAGUUGGCAGCUAUCAAAAUACAGUCGGCGUUUCGUGGAUAUCUGGCAAAAAGAGCUUUGCGAGCAUUAAGAGGAUUAGUAAGGCUUCAGGCACUUGUGAGAGGUCACAUUGAGAGGAAGAGAACUGCAGAAUGGCUUCAACGAAUGCAAGCAUUGCUGCGAGCUCAGGCACGUGCUCGUGCAGGACGUGCUCAGCUCUCUGAAUCUUCCCAAUCUAGUGGCAAGUCUUUGCAUUUUCACCAACCAGGUCCACCAACCCCUGAAAAGUAUGAGCAUGCUAUCCGCUCAAAGAACACAAAAUGUGAAGUGUCAUCGGUAUCCAAGAGAAAUAGAUCAAAAUCAAACUGCAGUGCCCUUGCUGACUAUGAAAAAGCUCAUACAGGUUGGAAUUGGUCAGACCCCCAAAUGGAUAAUCGAUCAAACUAUCAAAAGAGACCUUCAAUGAGGGUUGGUGCUACCAAUGAUGAGAAAAGUGACAAAGUCCUUGAAAUUGAUGCUGGGAAACCCUACUUUACACCCAAAGGUAUAAAACUUUUUCAUUCAUCACAUCUUGCUGUCACAUCAGAUCAAUAUUGCCAUAGUUACACAACUUCCAAAGACUCAACAACACGCCGGACAGUACCAAGUCUGACUUCAUUUGAAGUUCAAUCUUUAAGCCCUUUAAAAUUCUCUAACGAAGAUGAGGUAGGUUCAUUUUGUACUGCCGAAAAUAGCCCACAAUUCUUUUCCGCAUCAUCAAGGGGUGGUAGUUCUCAGAGGAGCCCCUUCACUCCAUCCAAGAGUUACGGCUCGCAAAGCUGUCUAAGUGGUUAUUCAGACCAUCCAAACUACAUGGCCUACACUGAAUCUUCAAGGGCUAAGGUCAGGUCUCUUAGUGCUCCAAAACAAAGACCUCAGUAUGAGAGAUCAAGUUCAGCAAAAAGGAACUUGGUUCAUGGGUUUGUUGAAUCAAAAUCUAACAUGCAGAGAUUUUCCACCUUGCAUUCAAACUUUACAAACAAAGCUUACCCAGGAUCUGGUCGCUUGGACAGUCUCGGAAUGCCUGUUGGAUACAGGUACUAAAUUAGCUUUUCUAAUCUGUCUACUUUUGUAGUUAGCUUUUGCAAUCUGUUGUGCCAAAAAUGUUCAAUGUGUAUGUCUUAGAAUUGUAUAAGCAAGUCAUCUAACAAAUGUUAUUAUUAUGAGCAGAUGUAACUGUGCAACUAAGUAUUUAGACGGCCCAACCAAUGCUAUAUUGAAUAGAGUAGUUUUGUAUUAAAUAUUAACUGAUCAUAUUGCAAAUUUGUAUUACACUAAUGAAAUCCAUGUUGUUUGUUAUGGCAUCAA